AUGCAUCCCACUGAGACAACUGGAGGCCAUAACCUAAAUAUAUCCAUUGCAGCGCCUCCAGUAUGGACGUAUGUCGCAGGAGACACCAUAAUUGGCAGCGUGAACCGCCACUCGCACAUCGUGGCCCCCGAUGCCAAGAUCUCACUUACAUUGAUCGGACACACAAAAGCCCGCCUAAUAACAGAAGGCUACCCAUCAAAAGCCACAUACUACGGCAACUGGAAGCUUUUCGACCUGCCAUCACAAACCUUGUUUCGUGGACCUAUACACAUACCCUCGCCCAGCACCCCAACCGACUGGAUCAACAUCCCCUUCUCAAUUGAUAUCCCAGAAGCAGCUUCGCCGUCAGCAGUCCGCGACCACGCACAAGCAGAGAGCUUCAUCCCAUUAGAAGCAAACUACAUCGCACAGCACCCGUUGCCGGGAACGUUUUCCACCGAAUGGACCGGAGCCAAGGUCUACAUCGAGUACUAUCUCCAGGCGCAGCUGCGGUACAUGCGCAAUGGGUCGUGGCAUGUCCAACGUGCAACAGCGCUUAUCACGCUAGGCCAUCCGACGGUAGACGCGGGCGGGAUCCGGUUUGCGCUGCAGCGGUGCAGCCUCGUGAGCCGGGUGCGCAGCCAGCGACUGCUUCCGUCGAUGCGGGAUGUGGAUUUAUCCUUGACGCAGAAGACGCAAAAGAUUCUCGGGUUAUCUUCUGUUCCUGGAUUUAGCUUUAAGGUUGUGAUGAGUGUGCCGGUUGCUAUUCAACUCGAUAAUCCAUCGCCGAUUCCGCUUAUUAUCAGGGUUAUACCAGAGCGGGAUGGGAGUAGUAGUGCUAUUUGGGAUGUUGUGCAACGGGUCGAUGUUACCGCGGUUAAGAUGAGUAUUCUUUCGAAAGUUGAGAUUGUUCUCAAACCGAGCGAGGAGAGCCUUUAUAUGACUCCCAAUGAUGAAAAUGUCUUCGUUCAACAUUUGGGUCUGGAGAAAGCGUUUGAACAGAGCAAUGAUCCUAUUGUAACUUUUGCUGGGCCAAAUGAUACACCGGUCGAUAUUGGGAGGGUGCUUCGGCUUGUUCUUAGACAUGAUGGUCUGAUGAGUGAUGGGAAGCGUCUCAGUCUUUUGGCUAGCAUCCAUCCUAGUUUUAUCACUUUCAAUACUAGGUUGAGUCACUCGAUAAUAUGGCAGACCUCUCUUAGUAUUGCCGGGGAGACACGAACUGUGUCGAUGACGACAGCGGUCACUGUGUAUAAUAGUGCCUCCAGAUUGUGA